GAAAGGGUAGAUAUGGGGUGCAGAUCGUCGAGUUUUGGACUCUCACUACAGCGUUGUCAAGACGCUACUGAUAGUAGACAAUUAGGAGCAAAAGAUUAGCGAAAGCAGUUUAGCGAAAAGAUUUACAUGUCUAGUCUUGUGGCCGGACGAGUCACCGAGCGGAUGAACGACACCAGAACCGGGUUUGUUGGCGGACUGGCUUCUCGAUUUGCAUCAUAGGCAGUCGUCAACCAAUAUUUGUCGCUGAAUUUUCGUUUCGGCAAACGCGAAAUGUGAGAAGCUCUCGCGGACCAUAAAACUCUUGUGGACCAUAUUAAAGCUCUUGUGGACCAGCAACUGGCAGAUCGAUCCGUCUACUAUGCCAUCGUACGGCGGCAGUGCCACUGGCACUGGUCGCGUUCCGUCAGGAGCUAAGAGUGGAGGACUCAAGCGGCGACCGUUCUCGGCAUUGGUCGAUGAUUUGUUGUCAGACGUCUCGGAUUUCGUUGAUGAAGCGAUUCUGACACACAGGGAAUGGGUACUGCAGUUUAUGAUUGUUCUCACCAUUAAAUUCUACUCUUUUCCCUUUUCUGGUUCUCUAUUAAAUUCUACUCUUUUCCUUUUUCUACUGGGUCUUGUUGUUUCUAUUUCAAGUUAGGUGCUCCACCACAACUACUAUCGACGAAAUUUAGUAAGGUUCAAUUGAAAAAAGCGGAAAUUCGGGAAGUGAUUGCUGGCGUAGAGAGGUUGAAGCCACCUCCGGUGCAGAAUCCCCGAUGGGACUUUUACGCUGACUCUGACACACGGUAUGUCUUCAUAGGGUUGUACUGGUGAUCAGUAUUCAUAUUUUUACCACAUCAAAAGAAAAACAACCGGCUAGAAGUUUUGUUCCCUCAUGUAUCCUAGGUCAGUCCCUUGUUCAUCCAAAGCGCCCUUAUAUCUCCGUGCUUCCAAAAAAUUUCUUUUAGCGUGGAAAAAUCAGUCCCGCCCUGCAAUUUGUCUGUACCUUCCCCCGUCCUCUUGUUGAACUUGCAUACCGAAUAGGUAAAGACUAUUACUUCUACUUCUUGUAUGCAGCUGGCUCUUGAUCAUGAUCAAACCACCUCUCAUAACUCUUAUUGUAAUAAUUCACUACUGCAAUAGAAGUUUACUACAUCAACUAUUUAGAGUUCCUUGUUCUAUACACAUGUCGCGCCACUAGCUCGCUCACUACUUCCAACAUCAGGGUGAACGAGCUAGUGGCGCGACAUGUGCAGGCACUACGAAGUCACCUGGAGGAAGAUCUCUCUUCGAGUCGGGCAAAAAAGCGCGCAAAAACAACGGAUGGCGCGCCACACGGAAACAAGUAUUAUAUAUUACCGGCAUACUACUCAAUUAAUAUUAAUGUUGUUUGAUUCGACGGCGACGACGAUGCUUGAGCAUUUUAUUGUUUUUGCAUUGUAGUAGAUACACUGUAAGUGUGUGACUCGAUGUCACUCAUGCUCCUUGUCUCAAAUCGAUGUGCGAGUCGACAUUUUGCAUUGGUACAUUGUAACUUCUAGUACAUCAACAGCGAACACAGGUCGAAUGGCGGGGCAGCAGGAGAUGCGCCUGCGUCGGGUAGCGUCGUGCGCAGUAAAACGGCCACAGGAGGUCCCGUGGUCGGACAGCAGCCUGCCAGCUCAUCGCGCGCUGGGCGACUACCGGCGUCCUCCUUCGGUCAGGAGAGCGAGCGGGGAGCCCGCUCCGAUCGACCGAAGGGGUCCCACAACUUAAGGACGUUAGUAUUUAUCAGUAUCCCAUGUUGUUGACUCUGCUGGAGUUCCCUUUGAACUAUGUCUGUGCUUCUAUAUGGAGUCCUCGUCGCUUUUGAGAUACUCCAGGACUAUUUUCAUUUCUUUUUAGAGAUUCUUAACAUUUUCACCACUAAAACUAAUGGUUGUUCCUUUUAAGGGAAGGAAUUCCAGGGAGAGGAAAGGGAGCGCCCCACUCCUCAACCACGGAUCGAUAGUGGAAUGCACUUUUUCCUCAUGACCGUUCCUAGUAGCACUCUCUCUAGAUUUUUCUCUAAUACCUUUAAACAACGCUCUGCCAAAUAAGCAGGACCCGAGAGGAUCGAGCGGCGCUGCCGCACUGGCUUUCAAUCGCCGACCUUUUUCACCCAGGGUGCUGAAAACCUCAACAUCGUCUGGCUCGGGAAAGCGAGAAAACAUGCUAGCGGUAUCGCAGAAGAACAGUCGCGGAUCGGCCAAAAGUAAAGAAGUUUAAGGCUCUACCUUUCAUUUAUUUAUCCUAAAGGUUUGUUCUACACUUGAGUCCUCUGAGAUAAUAUUCUCAUGCGUUGCAGUUGAAAAUUUUCGUUUUGAUACUUCUAACAGAAUGCAGACACAGGCGCUCCUAAGCCAGACGAGGAACCAAUGGAGACAGGCUUAAAGCCGGUUAAUCACAAAGCAAAUGACCGGUCUCCCUCUCCACGAUUGGUUUAUGAUUGAAUAUAUUAUAUUCCUUCUUGAAAGGUAAUAUUUUGAGGCACUUACAACGAGGGUGACGAUAUAUUUCUUGAGCCAUAAAUAAGGUACAGUCGGUACUAGCUAUGGUUUGCAUAUUAAUUUGAAUUUCUUCGUCUACCAGGAGUGGUUGGUUCUACAAUAAUUCCAACAUCUUCAUCUUCUAAUACGCGGAUGAAAAAGCUUCGGAAAAUGCACCAGGUAGUGGCGGGACCGGGAAGCUGGAUAAGUAUGAAUUCCAACCGGAAGAACGAAAGGUGGCUGCGUCGACGUCGGUUUCUAGCAAGAGAUCGAAGGAUUUGGAGUUUCAAUCUGCAGAACUCGUAAACGACUCCAACUUGAAGCCCUCUGCUAUUCGAGUUAAGGCGUCUCCUGGUCCAUCUCUGUACAGGUAUCCCUCAGUCAAGAGUCUGCAUCCCAAAAAAAGAAAGAAGAUGAUAGCCAAGCAUAUUCUUGCGGGACCCCUCAAGGGAUGAACGGGGGACAGGCUCUAAUCGAGCAAAAGCCCGACUAAGUGGCUUCGCAGGAACAAACAAUCUCGUCAUAGGUAAGAAUAAAGGCGAUCCUGCAACAUCUUCUACAUCGUCAGGGGGACACAGCUCUCUUCCUGAAGGAAGUAAAGAACUGAAGCAGACAAGCAGCACAUCUUCAAAGGGCGCUGACUUAGUUUCUUCCCUCGGCGCGGAUCCGUCAGCUGCGAAUAACAAUAACUCCACAGUAGAACCCGCCUCAGGAGGACCUUCAGUAGAACCUUCAGCAGGAACUACUUCAGCAGAAAGUGGCCGCAAUUUGGUGGACGGUAGCGGCCAAAAGGAACAGGAGGAGAGGUUGUCAGCAAUCGCAGCGCCCUCUGCAGUCAUCGCCGCUGGAGGUGAACAAGACCAGGUCAGCGGAAAGAAGCAUCGCAAACUUGCUGCAGAAAAGCUUCAGGAAGUCCUAGGUUCCGGGAAACGUCAGCAGAAAGAGGGCAGCGACGCAGCGAUGCUACAGUUAAGGUCAGCUUUUCUCGUGUCCAUCUUUCUCAGCAUCUCGAUACCCUUUCCCCUUGUAUUACUUCAUGGGAACAAAGGGGUGGAGAUGAGGGGACCGAGGCGGAUAGUAGAUGCCGACGCUAACACAGAUCUUUAGCACACACGCUGAGACGGAUGCACAGAGGCGAAGAUCGGAUGUCGAUAUGGACGCCUUAUUCGAGGACACAACGGACGUCUUUGAAUCAACGAGCCAGCAGAUGCCGGCCGUCGCUCUCACGGCUACUUCGGGAACGACCACUGCUGAUACUAGGUAACGAAAUAAGUAUGUGGAUUAACGAAAUAUGUGGAUACACUUACCUAAUGAGUUAAGGCUAGUUCUUGGUUCUCUUUUUAGCGUAGUAGGAACAAGAUCAAUUUUUUUUCAAGUUCCUGUAACUUAAAAGCUAAAGUAUCUCUUUAGACAGUAUCUCUCUUGAAAAGAUUGUCAGGAACGCCAUUGCUGGGGGAGACAGCGACAAGGGUGUAGACGACAGACAGCAGAUCGCGGACGAAAGCCGGAAAAAAGCAUCGCCGAUACUUCUAGAAAAAAGUCCUGAAGUUCCGCCGCAGGAACUUGUCCAGCCGCAAGACGCUGUCCAACCACAAGAAAUCAAAGAUGAUAGAGUAGUUAAGGAUUGCAGCGACUCAUUGUCAUCUCGUCCCAGUAGUUGUAGUACAUUUAAUCUUAAUUGAUCUUAAUCCUAAUCAUCUUAAUCAUAAUCUAAUUUAAUCUUAAUCAUGAUUUUGUGAACGUCGGUUCUAUCAAAACAAAGGGUCUACCUCGGCUGUUUUUUUUGGCAGGGCGGAAGAGCAAAGUGACUUGAAGAGCGUGACUAGUCACGCAGUUAUACCCACUAGCACUACUGCUACAACCAAACACCAAUUAGCAAGUUCAAACCGUCCGAGAAAACCUGAAGCUCUAAGUUUAAGGGUAGGGGCCGAGAGUCCUCUCGGCAGCAGGCUGCGAGUUCGGUUGGUUCCACAUCGUCUGCAGGAGUAUUUGGUGGCGGCGCAGCACGAAUCCUUGACGCCGCUGACGCGGAAGAGGUUGAUCACCACAUACCCUCCAUAAGCACUGGCACAGCUGCAAUAGAAGCACAAGCAGUUGUUGUUAGGACUAGUGAUGAGCAGCUGCAGGCUGGCAGUGCAGACCAACAUCCGAGUUCUAGCGCAGAAGAUGGUGUAGAUGUUAUUGCGGAACGAAGCGACGUGAGGGACCAGGACGAUCCUGGCUUGAACCAAGACAGAGACCUAGAAGAAGAUCGUCAUGGUGCCCAGAAUGAGCAGAGGAAACAAGUGAUAAGGGCGAGCGACGUCGAACUCGAAGCAGGCCAGGGGGAGAUGUCGAUGGACACCGGAUUGCUCUUUGGCAAUGUCGAGGAGGCGGAUCUGCAUCCGGAAAUUACGGCGCCGAUGCCCCGAGAGCUCAACUUCGAAGCGCCUAGUGGAGUCAAGGAAAAAACGACAAUUAAGGCAACCAAGAGACAGCAUCCACUUCCCCAAGAGACAGCAUCCACUUCCAGGCAGACAAGACAGGAUACCAGAAGCAUUAGCGCGCUGAGCGUACUCGGUUUAAAACUCAUUUGAAAUAGUGCGCCACAUCGAAGAUCCAAAGCACCUUUCUCCGAAUAAGUAAUAGAAAAUCGAGACCCUUGGUCUAAAACUGAUUCCUCAAGAUCAUCCUUGGUGCCCUUUCCAAGGGGAAAAAGCACGACCCAAGGAUGGUCCCAGGAACGCGACGACGUAUAAGUAACUCUAAGACCACACCUGGCAGCGCCGACAACAAACUUUUUCCGAGCUACGCUAGUGUGUCCGCUAUGCCUGCCGACAGCGUCUUCGCAAGUCACAGCUUGUUCAGCAAUCAAGCCAGCACACUCUUCAAAUCGGGUGGUGAGACCGCGAAGUCAUCAUCAAAGCCUGGUAGUACGAUCGAGCAGAAGGCCACUAUGGCUAGUUGUUCUUCACUAUCCCAUGUGGACUAUCAUGUCAUGGUGAGUGAGAUGUUGCUCCGUGGUUUAGAGGGGAAACCAGAGCGAAAAAGGGCAACUCACUCUACCACCGAUAGUGAAAAACUAGCGUAAGCGUUAAGAGGAGCAGUGCGCUUCUUGAGAAGCCUGGUAGUACGACCGAGCAGAAGAGCAGUACGCUUCUUGGCAAGAAGGAGGAAGUUGUUGCUGCGAGUGCUGCAAUUGGCGCCGGCUCGUCCUCGUCUUCUCAUGUACCCCCAGCCAAGACGAGCGGACGCAAGAGUUCGCUAGUCCUGCCGAAGCUAGUUGUAGCUUUAAGCGCUCGUAGACUAUACAAAUGUAGAACCAUAACCUCGCCGAACCGAAGUAGUACAACGGUGCAAUAAUUUAUUUUCAUUUGCCUUGACGUGGUCUUCUGAGUCCUCUCGACAAGGAACUGCUUCAAGUUCAACAUGGGUUCUUUGUCUCCACAGGACCACAGGGUUUUCCACAAAUAGAAAUCAAUAUGAAUCAAAACUUGAGGAAGCGCUCGAAUGUAUUUGAUUAGUGUUAGGUUAGGCAUGUAAGACAGAUUGGCUAAUUCACUACCGUCUAGAAAAACUGCAGUAAUAUCUGCCGCAACAACUAUUAUGAUCUAGUAAAUGAUACUAUCGCUAUCCACCGCAACCGCUAAUACUAGAGAAGGCGGCGCCAGUUGCCCCAGUCGAGGCCGAGCAGCUGGUGAUACCAGACCCAGUGACGGGAGCUAUUCCCGCUUCACUCAUGCCGUCUCCAGUUGACAGCGUGGGUAGCGCAGGCUUUUUCUCGCUCGGUUAAGGCCGACAGUUGUAAGCCAUCUCUCUGUGUCCGUAAAAUUCGAUUGUUUUUUUUUUUUGGGGGAUUCAAUGUCAACUGGAGUAAAUCUACUAUAUAAUGCAAAAUCAAUAAGCCCACUAGAAAUUUAACAAUAACUUGUUCUAAAUCCGAGCCGCUAGUGACGAGGCUGCGUAUAUGACAGUGAAUGACGCGUCGAGUGGAGGGCCAUCGAGCACGGAUAACACUCCAAAUCUAGUUGCCGAAAAGGAUGUAGGAACGAUCGCAGCUCCUGCUAGUGGUAACUCCUUGUUGUUUUUCAUGAAUCUCCUGACUUUCUCACACUUCAAGAACACGGUUAGCGCCGUAGUUGUAGUUCAAUUCAUUCAUGAAUCUGCUGAAUCUGAAGAUAGAGAGAAGAUCAAAGUGGUACUUCUACUUAUAGUUAGUGAGUAAAUGACAAGGAAUCUUGAUCUCCAACAUGUGAGAUCCUAACAAGAAAAUUAGAUUGCUAUCUCAAUUUCUAAUCAUAGUAAAUCGUUCUUUCGUCUGCGUCUUCAGGUGGUCCCGAAGCAGCAGCGGACGCGAAGGCCGCGCCGAACGAAACAGCAAAGCUGGUAAAUAUAUAUAGCACUUGUUGUUGCUUUACUUCUAGUACCUAAGCUAGCUAUCUUGGCAAUUAGUUACUUCUAUGGUGCUUGACUUUUAGUAAACAAGGAUCAUGGAGGGAGGAUGUAGAACUACGUAGUGAAGUAUACUCUUAGAGUCACUUUGUUAUGUUUGUUACACUACUAAGAAGUAAUACACUCACACCAUAGUCUAACACGAACCAUAAUUGCAGGUACAAACAUGAUGAAAAAUACACAGGUAUCAACUACAUCGAAAGUUUCGGAGCUGCAGUCCUCGACGACUCUGAAGCCAUCAGAAGCGGGUCGACAGCGAAGGGAAGCAGAACGAAAGCGUCUGGAGACGCUAAGAUCACGACGCUUGGCCAUACGACAUUUAAAACGGGCUGAAGACAAUUACGAGCUCUCAGACAAAUGCUCGACCGACGAAGACUCACCCGAUCGGUAUCUUUAUCAUCUUAAGAUCAAGGACAACACAGGGAGUACUUCAAACUAGUACAUUUUAGACGUAGGUGGACAUGUUGUGCAUCAGAAGUUGUAUCAAGAAGGACUGUAAGUGUCUAGUGCUUGUUUUAGCUUGGUCACAUUACGCGCAUCAGUCGUUUUUAGAAGGACUGCAACCCGGCUGGUCACCGGGGCUCAAUAGAGCAGCGCUACCGCGCGAAACACCGAAAGAUGCCCGGCUCUCCCCGUGCCCUUCGAGGGUAGGGGGCCGCUGAGGCGACACUGUGGAUGUGGUUGGCUUCUUGGAUCUACGAGUACGUCGAAGUGGCGACGCUGGGACACGGCCUAUCCCCCCUCUGGCAGACGGGUACGCAACAGGAGGAGAUCUAGCUCGCGAGGAGUUGAGACGCUCCCCCGGCCUCUGGGCGUGUGCUCCCUGCCUCUGUCACCUGCGAGCGUUGGCACAGCCGGCGACGCAAUAGAGUGCAGCGCCUCUGCUCCUCUGUUCUGCUCCACUUCUCUCCAUCUACGACGAGCGACCCCCCGGGCGCGCCCUGUGUGCAUGAGAGUCCCGCAGGAGCUGAAACGCCCUGCGGCUGCGGCGCAGCUACUCCAGAAGGAGAAGGCGUGGCCCUGAGAGAACGGCGGGCAAGAGGUCGGCCGGGUGCUCAGAUAGAAAUGCAGCAUCGUCGGGCGAGCAAGGAGACCAAGGACACCCAGGCGCACAAGGAGAACAAGGACCCCCAGGCGCAAACGGGGAACAAGGCUGCGCCUGUGGAUCUGCCUCCCGGCGCCACCUCGACUGACUCCGUUGCCGAGGCUUGGCCCUCCAUGCGUGCAUGCUGAAGCGCCGCCUCUACUGACUCCGAUGCUGAGGCCUGGCCCUCCAUGCGUGCAUAUUGAAGCGCCGCCUCCGCCGCGCCUGCCAGCGCAUGGCCGUCGCUGGCUGAAGGGAAGAGGCCGGCUCCGGCAAGGAAGGCCCCGCAGCAGAAGCGUACACAAAGGACGCCAGUGCUUGACUGAGAAGGAGAACAGCCUCUUCGCCAGUCGUGUGGAGUCCAAGUCUAUCACCAGCAGCCCAACCACAUCAGCCCCGCUGCCCCAAGGUGAAGCGCUUGCGGUCGUUCAUGCUUGUGAUGGGGUCGCCUGCGCUGGCCUCCUUACGGUGUUGGCCCGCUGUGCCCAUGGGGGGCUGGGCGUGUGGCUUUUGCCUUUGGGAAGCGUUGCUGGGGCCGGGGGCUGUUUAGCUCUGCUGGCGUGAGUGGCGGGGGCUCGACGUGUGGCGAUUCCUCGGGACUGUCGCACGCGGCUGGCGAUGCGGUCGCUCCUCGAAAAUUUUAUGAGUAAGAGAGCAGCGGCACCCACGCGACUGCGCAGGGGUGCCGCCGCAGCCGCUCCCUUCUAUCUCGUGCAUUAGCUAUCUGUGAACGUGCGCCCACUGCUGGCUUCCUUGCGGCCAUCGUUGGGCAGGGGCGCUAGCUCUUGCCCGCGUGUGAUGCAGCUCGCCGCGGGGGGGGUCUGGUGCUUCUUUGGGCGCUGCGUACCUUGAGCUUGAUGGUGUGGCGCGCCGGCUUUCGACUAGAGGCCCCUGCUGCUCGUUGUUUUGCCCUUUCACCGCUGCACCCGCUUGCCUUUUUUCGGUGUUUGCUUUGGCUCGUGGUCUCUCCCUCGCGCGGGCUCUGCUUUUACCAUUACGGACCGGCGGCACGCAGGCACUAGCACGCGCACCCGGGCCGCGGCGCCUUUUGUUAGGGUUUCCCUCUGUCUUUGCUUUUGCCUCGCGUGUCGUUGUGCUUCUGGUUCUGUCCCUGGGCUAGGUCUGUGGGUAACCGUCUACCCUUCUCGAAAUAGAAAUAGAUAAUAUAUAAUAGGAGGACAGUGCGUCGUGUCUAGUAAUUUUAGUUUGGUCAGAUUUGAGCUGCAUCAAGACCAUUAGAUUGUUGAUUCAUAAAUGGCUUCUUUGAAGGAAGAAUUCCAAAAAUAUACUUACUUAGUUUCAGAAUCAUUUGCGCUUUCCAAGAUUUUGCUUCCAGAUGUACGUAUGUUCGUAUCUAUCGUACACCAAAUUGAUUCCAGGUCGCACAAGCGUGUACCCGACUGGUGUCGCAAUUGGCCGGAGAAGGUAGCGCAACAGGGAUUAUUCGAUCCCGACACGAUAUUCGGAUGCAAAGUGGCGAAUCCAGAUCUAUCGAGAAUCUUCGGCGCCAAUCUCAGAACCAAGAAGAAGCGUCGCGGCAGCAGCGAGAAUUGGGAGAACGAUCGGCUCACAAGAAGAGAAGUUACGUUCUUGACUAAGUACUUGUUUCGCUACUUAUUCACUAACGAACGAAGUAUUAGUAUUCCCAUCAAGUUUUAUAUAGUAACACCCUUUGCUUGUGGUAAGUGUUGUACUCAUCUCGAUCUCGUAGCACUUUUUUCUUGCACAACUACAACGAAUCUGCUAUCAUCUCCUAGCACUUUUAUUGUAGGGCCAAUCAUCUCCAUUAUGUGUAAUCGAAAACUGAAAAUACGUGAGUUACCGACCGAAAUAAGGGACGUAGUUUCGAAAGGCUACGCUUCCUUCUUCAGUAUCUCGGUUAUUCUCGUCUGUUACACCUCGGUUAUUUCAGUUUUUCGAGUAAUCAAUUAUGUUCCACGACCUUGUUAUAGCCUACCUCUGCUGCAAGUGGUGUAGAUAACCUUUUAUGAACCCAAGCUGUUCUAAGAAAAUCGAAGCGUACAAGAAACGCACCAAUCAAGUUCGCGAGUGGACGGCGAUACAGGAAGGAUCGUCCUAACGGGCAUCGCGGGCACGGAGGCCGAACCCGAAAAUGGGUCUUUAAAGAACUCCAAAGAUUGGAGAUAAUAUAGACGAACUCCUAGCUCCGCAAGAAAGAUGGCGAUUUCGGUUAUGCUCCAUAGAGCGAUCAAUGAUGUUCUUAGCAUGCUGCAUAAGUAGAUAUGAUUUGUGCAUUACUACAUCUAGUUCGUGGUUUAUCAGAGAAACGUCAAGUAGAAAUCCACAUGAAAAACUACAGGUUAGAAAUACAAUGAACUAGAACUUGCUUUUUAGAAGUUUGUCUUUUUUUUUCGGCUUGUGUCGUUAGGGUCAGUUUUUUUCGAUAAUGUAUGUAAGGAUUGUCGUUGUUCACGCACAUCCAUUUCUUCAAUCUUAAUCAUACAAGUAGGUAGUUCUACGAAAUUACGCGCAACUGCAGAUAAUAUUUGAAACUUCAAACAAGAACAAGAAUGAAAGCAGAGAAAAGCACGAGUGGUGAUGGAACAAAGGAGAAUGCUGGUUUCGAAUCCACCAACGCCAAAGUAAGACAGACUGACGCAAGAACUUUGACGCAGGGAUUUCCAUUGGUAAUGUAUGAUGAACUCUUUGGUACUACAAGCAACGCGCAACACUGACUAUGACACGCACAACAUUGGAUUGAAACGCGAAAGACGGACUCUCGUGUCGAAAUAACGGUGUGCUGCUUUCACCAGCUUCUUCUAGUAUUCAGCACCUCUCAGAGUUCUUUCUGGGCUCAAUCGUGAACAAACACAAAAGAAAAUCCUUCCAGGAAGAUUUCAUUUGUCG